AUGAAGGCCAUUUUAUCGUCGCCUAUGCUGCUGCUCAAAUUCCCAACGCACUCUAGGGUCGGCCAAAGACGAGGAGAACAAUUGAGCACGCGAGUAUGCUAUGUGUUGUCCACACGAGAAUCGGCAACCCGAGUAUUGGAGCGGAAGGCACCAGAGUCACUAGUAGUUUCCACGAUGACCAUGCUGAACGGCAAGGAAGAGUCAGUGCGUCCCGACGACCCUCGAGAUAAGGGCAUAACGCUGCAAGCUCAACCUAUCGAGGAGCUAGAAACGAUACCCAUCACCGACACACAAGACCGAAUAGUUCAGAUUGGCACUUCCCUCAGCCUAACUCUUCGGACCGAAUUCAUCGCCUUUCUGAGGGCCAACUCGAAAGGUUUUGCCUGGUUUUACAACAACAUGUCUAGCAUCUCCCUGGAUGUCAUCUGCCACAAGCUCAGCAUCUCCUCUUCUGUCAAACCGGUCUGA